GGGCGGGAGAGAAGUAGGGAUAGCGACAUUAUCGUGUAAACUGCUGUGUUUGGUGUACCACUGACUCCAAAUGACAAAAUUCCAUCCUCCUCGGCAAGUUUCAAAAUAUGCAUUAACUCAGGAAGAACACCGAAGUCAACAGACACCUGCGGAGGCAUUUACAUGGAUUAAACUCAUCUUCCCUGAUAUCUACAGGUUGUUCUUUUUACUAAAGGUACAGUUAUUGGUUUAAGAUGACUGCUUACACCAAACUGAGGAUAUGUUGCAGGAGGUACUACAACAUUGUUUCCACAAGUGGAACAAGCUAAUCAAGAGUGUUUCUUCAUUGAGAUGUUCCCCAAAGGACACCUUGGUGGACAAGAUGGGACCCACACCAAAGAAGUACCUCCACACCUGUCCAUGAGUCCCAAAGGGGGGCUAAACCAGGACAAUGCAGAAGGAAACGACAGACUCGAGUCCCAUCUUGACAGUGACACUGUCUGUAUGAAGGCUGUCCUGAUACAAUCAAGGAAAAACAGCGUCUCUGAUUGUCAGUCUGGGAUUGAAGCUGUGAAGGAUACUAUACCCCGGUUAAUUAAAAGGAUCAAUAGUGAAGACAGUAAAGAUGAUGAAGAUGAGUGCUCCAGUAAUAUAGUUGAUCAUAUACUGAAAGAGCUGAAAGGCAUAAACAAGAUCCAAGAGGAAAUAUCAGACCUGAGGCAGUAUCUAACGUCUGUGCGAGGGUCAGUGGAUGAAGUGUCCUGUUGUGUUGAUGCAGUGCUAAGUGAAAUUGAAGAGCUAUACUCUGGGGCUUCAGCGCCACCUAAUCCUAGUCCAGUUUCUCAAACUCGCAGUAUCAGGAGAGGAAGCCUGGGAAGGCAGAAUGCUAUAACGUCUCCUCUGAAGAGAGACAGUACUACGCUGUCGGAUUGGAAGGAAUGUGGAAAUAUCUCUGGUGGUAUACUGUCCCACAGAACACCCAAACAUCUCACUCCUAGUCACAUCAGCUUCCAAUCAGAUCAUCAAACAAACCAAGAGAAUGCAUUGCAGAGCUCAAUUAUGCAAAUUCUUUGUUCUGCAAAACAAGAACAAGGACUUCAUCAAAGUCGGGACAACAUAAAUAACAGUUUUUUGUCAUCCCAUCACUGCCCGGAUACAGGAUUUGUUGACCCAGCGAAUGACAAAUGGCCUUCUGAAGAUCAUCAGUAUAUUAUGUGUGAAGCGGGAGAUUGUAGUGAGGAGGAAAUCUCCUCCUGUGCAAACAGUGGGGAAGAACUGCAUAUGUGGGACUGUUGUGCCACAGAGGAAACACAAAGCAGCACACCAGGUCAUUCUUCACACACCAGUUCUGAACACCUCUCAUUACUUUUUGGAAUUCAUUACAACUCUCCUUCGUGUUCUCCUACUUUGGUGGACAGCAGGAACAAAGGAUUGCGAAAUGAUGGCAAACAUUUGGCAUGUGUCUGUUCUGUUAACUACCCAUACUCGCGGAGUUCAGGUUACCACACUGUGGAGACCUGUGCAAAUGCAGAGGACCAGGGUUCCUCCAUGAGUGGUAGUUGCUCCACUGUACUGUUGACAGACUGUGAUGAUGGUUACUUAGAGACUCAGUCAUUGUGUGAGGACUGUCCAUCCUCUGGUGACACUCUCGAACUGGGAUCUGCUGCAAGUUUGGACAGGGAUUGGACUGAUCACAGUAUCUCAAGAGAUGAAGCAGGAGAAUCACUAAAUUCUUCAGAAAUAGAUUCUGAGAGCACAGACAAGUCCCCCAGAGUAGGUUUUGAUGUUACAACUUUUAGCAAAGCUGUACUCAGUUUCAGGUCGGCUUUAAAGGGGGCUUUGAAAAAGUUUGAAGGGUUCAACCCUGAAGAUCUGGAAGAUGAUAGUACCUCUGAAGCAUCUUUAUCCCUCAUUAGACACACAGAUGAAGCCACAGAGGUGCCGAGGCCUAUGGGUUAUACAGAGGGAGAAGUUAGUCUGAUUGACAAUCGCACUCAAUUUGUCCCAACAAAGGAGACCUCGACCUAUGUGGAUUAUGGAGAGACAAAUGAGAAACUGUCAUGUUCAUCUGAAGCAUUUCCCCAAGAGCCUGAUCCCUCUCCAUCUACCCCAACUGAAGGUCACAAUGUAGAUAUUUUACAAAGCAAAGAAUGCGAGACAGAUUUAGAAAUGUAUGGCCUUGAAGUACAAUCACAUCAUUGCCCAUCCAUGCAGGGUGAGAGUCCUUCGGAUCCAUUACCCAGUUCAGAUGAAGUGUGUUUAAAUUCUACGAAUGAAAACAACGUUGCUGAGGAGACAGGAAAGCCCAUUGAUGCAAAUCACAAAGCACGCAUAGCUAAUUUCCAGCGCAUUCUGAAGGAAAAGAGACAAACUCAUUAUAGAGUGUCCCAGUCUGCUCAAGGUUCUCUGGGGUCUCAUGGCUCUCAAGGGUCUCAAGGAUCUCGAUCUCAGGAAAAGUAUAUUCAAGAGACGGUGCAAGAAGAACAUCAGGUUGAUCAUAUUCUAAUAGACUGUAUUAUAUUAAAGUUCUAUCUUGUUUUUGUGUGUUGUUUUAAUUUUUAAUUUGUACUUUAACUUUUGCCAUCAUUGACAGAUUUAUGCAAAAACACUAAACUUUAAAUUCAUUGUGUUGUGUAAAGUGUGCAAGUAAGUGUGUUUAUGUCAUCAACAAGACAAGAGAAGAUACUUGGUUUUGUAGCCUUGCACUGUUUUUCUGCCAUUGUGUUUCACAUCAAAAACAGCACGCGCGGGCCUGUGCUCCAGAGGUAUUACCAAACAUAUACAUAGUUUGUGUUUUGUUUUUGUUUUCUAUUAGAUGUAACAUCAGAGAGGUGAAACUCAACCAAAACCACAUUCCUUGACUCCUCUUCUCUCAUAACUGA